GGAGCUGAGGAAGAGAAGGGUGGAGGAGGAAGAGGAGAGGAUGGAGGAGAGGGAGACCUGGCAGAGGGAGAGGGAGGCUAUGAGCGAAGAGUUAGGGACCAAGGACGGAGAGCUGGAGGCGCUGAGGAGGCGCACAGACGCCCUGACGGAGGAGGAGAAGCAGAGACAACGAGAUACGGAGAAGUUGAGGAGGGAGAUGACAGAGAGGGAGGUGAAAAUCAGCAACAUGAUGGAGAGAAUGCAACGGACGGAGGCAGAGAGGGAGAGAGUGCAGGAUGAGGCGCAGAGGACAAGGAUCAGGUUUACAGAGGAGGAGGUGAAGAGGGAGGAGGAGAUUGGUGCACUUUGUGACCGGAUGGAAGGACUGGAAAGAGAGAAGGAGAAGAGGGAGGAGGAGAUGGAGAGACUGAAGAGUGAAACAAGCGAGGAGGUGGAGAGAUGGAGGGAGCAGGUGAAGCAGCAGGAGGAGGAGAUAAACAGACUGAGACAAGAAAUCUCCCACUUAGAGGAGGAGACAAGAGACAAAGAGAGGCUGCAGGACAAAGAAGGGGAGAGGAGGAGGAGAAGGGAGGAGGAGGUGGAGCGACUCAGGGAUGAAGUCUGGAAAGCAGAGGAGGAGCUGAAGAGGCUGAAGGAGAAGGUGGGGGAGGUGGAGAUGCUGAAGCUGAGGCUAAAUGUGGCCAAAGAGGAGUGUGAGGAGAUGAAGGAGGAGGUGGAGCGGAGGGACCGCAGCCUGGAGCGACAGAUUAGCGCCGUGAGGGAGAGGGAGGAGGAGGUGGAGGAACUGAGGGCCCAGCUGAGGCUGGCAGAGGAGCAGGAGGAGGAAGGAGAGAGGGAGCGUCAGGAGGUGUACGAGAGACUGAGGCUGAAGGAGGCGAGGGAGGAGCAGCUGGAGGUGCUCCUGAGAGAAACCAGAGCACUCCUGGAGAAAGAAAGGAAGGAGGGAGGAGAAAGAGAAGGCAGAAUGUCCUCCCAGGUCAGGGAGCUGCAGGAGGCCCGGGCUGAGAGUGAAGGAGCAACAAGGAGGGCGAGGGAGAGGGAGGAGGCCUGUGAGAAGCUGGAGGAGGAGGUGAAGGAGUGGAGGGGGAAGGCAGAGCAGUGCAUGAGGGAUUUAGCUAAACUCAACCAUAUUCUGAGGGAGCGAGAGGAGGAGGUGCAGCUGCUUAGAUCAACACUAGAUGAGAAGGAGGACGAGGGUGAGAGAGAGAGGGAGGAGCUGAAGAGAUUGGAGUCAGAGAGGAGGAGGAGGCUGGACAACAAGCUUAGUGAGAUGGAGGAAGAGAAAAAGAGGGUCGAGGAGAAGGUUAAGGAGGUGGAGGAGGAGCUUGAUGAAGGGAUGGAGGCACUAAGGAGAGCCCGGGAGGAGAAGAGGAGGUUGAAGGACAGAUUGCAAGACGUAGAAAAGGAAUAUCAGGGACAAGGACACGAUUUGAGGAGGACAGAGGAGGAGAAGAGGCGGCUAGAAAACAAACUAAAGGAGACGGAGGAAUGGAGGAAGGGAGGGGAGGAGGUGCUGAGCAGGUUGAGGGAGGAGAAGAGGGAGGUGGAGGUAGAACUGAGGAAGCUGAAAGAGGAGCGAGGGAGACUGGAAGAGAUUGAGAGAGGUCAGAUCUUCCUGGUGGAGGAGCGAAGGAGGUCCAGAGAGAGGGCGUUGGAGGAGGAGAAGGCAGGACUGUCAGAAGAUCUAGGGAGGAGGGAGAGGGAGGUGACAGCACUCAAAGAGGAGGUGCAGACACAGAGAGAAAAGGCACAUGAGGAGCUGAGGAGGAGAAGAGAGGAGGUAUCUGUACUAAGAGAGGAGGUAGCAAGGGAACAAACAGAGAGGGAGGAGUUACAGGAGAAGCUGAGGAGAUCCGAGAAGGAGGUGACAACGCUCAGGGAGGAUGUGAAAAGGGAAGAAAAGGAGAAGAAGGACACACAGGAGGAGAUGACAGCCCUCAAGGAGCAGGUGAAGAAGGAGCAGAGGAAAAGGGAUAACAAGGAACAGGAGGAGCUUAAGAGGAGCAAGGAGGCCCAGGACGUGGAGGCAGAGAGAGGAGGUACAGAGCAGUUACGGAGGAGUGAGCUGGAAGUGUCUUCACUAAGAGAGGAGGUACAAAAGAGACAAAGGGAGAAGGAGACGGUGCAGGAAGAGCUUUUUAACAGGAGAAAUGAAUUAACAGCUCUCAGAGAGGAGGUGUUGAGGGAGCAGAAUCAGAGGGAAGAGGUACAGAAGGAGCUAAGGAGGAGUGAAAGGGAAGUGUCUGUACUCAGAGAGGAGAUGCAAAAAGAACAAAGGGAGAAGACUGAGAGUCAGGAGGAGCUGAAAAGGAGGAAAGAUGACAUGACAGCUCUACAAGAGGAGGUGCAGAAGGAGCAGAGGCUGAGAGACGAGGAGCUGAGGCUGAGAGACGAGGAGCUGAGAACCACGACUGAGCUGUCGAUCAUCACAGAAGAGGUGCAGAAGGAACAGAGGCUGAGAGACGAGGUACAAGAGGAGCUGAGGAGAACCAAGACUGAGCUGACGAUCAUCACAGAGGAGGUGCAGAAGGAGCAGAGGCUGAGAGACGAGGAGCUGAGGAGAACCAAGACUGAGCUGACGAUCAUCACAGAGGAGGUGCAGAAGGAACAGAGGCUGAGAGACGAGGUUCAAGAGGAGCUGAGGAGAACCAAGACUGAGCUGAAGAUAUUCACGGAGGAGGUGCAGAAGGAAGAAACACAGAAGGAGCUGGUACAUGUGGAGUUAAUGAGGAGAAAGAGGACAUGCGCCCUAAGAGAGGAGGUGCAGAAGGAGCAGAGGCUGAGAGACGAGGUACAAGAGGAGCUGAGGAGUACCAGGACUGAGCUGACGAUCAUCACAGAGGAGGUGCACAGGGAAGGAAAGGAGAAGGAGCUGGUGCAGGAGAAGCUAAUGAGGACAGAGACGGAGGUGAGCGCUCUCAGAGAGAAGGUGCAGAAGGAGCGGAGGAGGAGGGAGGAGGUGCAGGAGAAACUGAAAGAUGUGCAGCAGAGCGUGGAGGUGAUGAACACCAACCUGAGCUCCCUGCAGACUCAGGUGUCUGAUCAGAGUCAGAGCAGGGAGCGAGCGAGGCAGGAGGUGAAGGAGAAGGAGGAGGAGAAGCAGCAGAUGAGGGAGGGUCUGAGGGCCGCUCUGGAGGAGAUGACAAACCUCAAACUCCUCCUGCAGGAGAGCCACACAGAAGGGGAGCGUCUGAGGAGGGCUCUGAAGGAGAAGAAGGAGGAGGUGGAAAGGUUCAAAGAGGGUAACCUGCAGGAGGUGCUACAAGAGAGGGAGGAGGCAGCAAAGGAGAGAGGGGAGAUGGAGGAACUGAGAGCAAGAGCCAAAGUCCUGGAAAAGAGGAGGAGGGAGAUGAUGGAGGAGCUGGAGGAGGCUCGCCUCGCCAAGGAGAAUGCUGAUGAGGAGAGGAGGAAGACGGAGGAGCGGUGGAGGAGCAGAGUUGAAGAGAUGGAGGAGGAGCGGGGAGUGAAGCUGAAAACUCUUUUAAAGGAAAUCCAGACUCUGAAGGAGAGGGAGGAGGAGACAGAGAGGGAGUGGAAGGCCAGGUUAGAGGAGGCGAGGAGGGAGGUGGAGGAGAGCCGGGGCGAGCUGAGCCGAGUCAGAGCCACGGCGGCCAUGUUGGAGGAGCAGAAAGCACAGAUGUCCUCAGUGUCUGCUGACAGAGGAAGAGAGAGAGGGGAGGAGACUGACGGACGGAGAAGGAGGAGAGACGAAGGGAUGGAUGAGACGGAGAUCGGAGGAGAGGAGGAGGAGGAGCUCUCCUCUCUGAUUCAGGAACAAGAGGAGGUCAGGAGUCGGCUGAGGCAGAGAGAAGCUGAGGUGUACGCUCUGAGUCAGAGGACGGAGGAGCUGGAGAAAGACAGGGAUCGCGUUCGAUUGGCCCUGGAGCUCACGGAGGCUGCUAUGAUUGGCUACAGAGAGAGAGCCCACCAACAGGAGCAGAGCCAGGGGGCGGGGCCUAACACAGACCAGCAGGAUGACGGGGACAGGCUGGUGGUCCUGCAGCGACUCGUGGCUGAACUCGAGCUGGACGUAAAACGACUGAAAAAUAAAAACUCACAUCUGGAAAAUCAGAAAGAAAAACUGAAGAGAGACAGGAACACACUGAGGGACGCACUGAGACAGGUGGAAGAGGAGCGUCUGAUGUUCAGACAGAAGCUGACUGACAGCCGCAGAUCUCAGCAGAGUGCAGACACCACAGAAGAAGAACGUUUGAGGAGCAGAGUGAUGGAGCUGGAGGACCAGGUGCGUCAGCUGCGUCUCUCACUGGCUGUGGAUCAGCAGCAGAGGGCGGAGUUUAUCCAGCAGUCCUCCAGGAACAGCCAAUGGCUGCUCUCCCUGAGACAUGACCUCACAAACUCACUGGAUGCCGUCACACGCCGUCCAAUCCCGUCAGUCCUAGAGUCUGAGACACACCGAUUGGACCGCAGCCUCAGGGAGGAGGAGCUAAGAAUGUCCCUCAGCCAAUCGUAACACCAGAAAGAUAAAGGCUGUUAAAUAAUGCUUCUGACCAAAAAACUUAAAACCUCAACAGACUAAAAGAUGAUCUGCUGUGCACUGUCGCCAUGGAAACCGAUGGAAGCCAUUUUUCCUAUUGUUUUAAAAGGUCAUUAAACGCACCACAGAGGAAUGAAGCUGAUUUCUGACACGCCGGAUCCAUGCUGCGUUCAAGAACCAAAGGGACAGUCAGAGACAGCUGAUGCUUUAUUAAAGGGGGUGUGGUCUAAGAGGAUCCACCUUAUUUCAGACCCCGUUGGUCUGUGCGGACCUGAAUGCACCUUCAGCUCCAUGCAGGUGGAGACUGUCUUUGUUUGUUUGGUUCAAAGGAACUUCUUCACUCCUCCUGAAUCACCAAAGUUUGAGUUCCUCGUUCAUCACACGAGACAUCAGAAACCGUCCAAUCAGAGAGAGACCUGUCAGUGCAUCUGACGUCCCGUUAGUAGCUUUUUGUCCUUUGAUGUGACGUCAGUUUGAGCAGAGCCAGAAGACAAAGAGGACCCGUUCUUCUUUGAUCAGGACCAAAGGAACCCAGACCCCGUCCUCAGUCUCACUGAGCGUGGCGUAAGCUCCACCUCCAGCGCCAUCCGGUCAGUUUCAGUCCAGAACACAACAUGGCGGGAAAAGUUGAACCAGCGCCAUCAAGAUGCAGAAAAAGAGUGACACAUCAGCUGACGAGUGUAAAUACUCAGGUUGUCGGCUCGUGUAGCGUCAAGCUCCGAGUCCUAAAUCAGGUUUAGAACAGAGACCACAUGAAACCGGAGGGUCAGUCUGGAUUAUUAUAAACCUGUUUGAGGUUUAUCCUCGGGGCAAAGACCACCUCUUCAUGUCUCCUAGCCGUCUGACCUCUCUGCGGGUUGAGUCGUGUGUGACCACGACCAGCACAGACAUGGGCGUUAACCUGCAGGGAGGACUGAAGGCUAGUGCUGCUAACGUUAGCCACACCAGGAAACCAAAUCACGUCAUUUACCUGUCAUUAACCAUUUUACAUUUUGACCUUUGACCUUGAGACUGAACGCGGUCAAACUGAAUUUAAAUAUCCGUCUCCCUGACUCGGACUUAAGGCGCCUCGGAACAAUGCGAGACUACUGAACCUUACGUGACGACCUGUUGAUAAAAUGUUUUUGUUUACAUUAAGAUGAACAAGACAACAUCCAAAGUGAGUCUGCCGUUUACUUCUCGUUUAUAGUUUGACCUUUCUUCACCUCAGAGGGAAUUGUUACAACCGCCCCACGUACGAGUUUAUGACGAACUAAAUCAGAACCCGACCGAUAAAUCAGCCGAUAUCAGCAUAUCCACUGAUUAUCGGCUAAUUUUGGUGCAGAUAUGUGUCGAUAUUACUCAAUUUAUUCACUGGUUCUGACGAGUACUUGCAGAUUGAAGGAGACGGCCUCUCUCUGACUUGAUGUGGUUUUUUUAGUUUAUUUAAACGUUUCGUGAUCAUAGCAGCGUGCAGAGUUAGAAACAUGAGGCGGGUUCGUCAGUGCUUUAAGUCAUUCUUCUGUUUGAGAGGGAAACCAAAUGUUUACAUAUUUAUUUAUUAUUUCCUGUUUGUUAUUUAUGUUACCUCUUCAUCAGACUGCUGAGCCCUCACCACACUACAUUACCCACAAUCCCCUGAGCUGAGCUGUCAGUCAAACAUCAGUAGUGUGUAAAGUUCAAAUAAAAACCAAAGUUUAGAUUUUUAAAGU